AAGCCGGAUAUCAUACCCACUGCCUUCUCAAAGCUGCCAAAGUGUUUACAUAAAUGGCUUGGAUUUUUGCUUGGUCGCAUUACACUAUGUGCUAUCGGUCUAGUAAUCAUAAUGAACAGGAAAAAUUCUUUGCUUUGUUUUCUAGUCGUCUUUCAAACAAUAUACGCAAAGGAUGUAGAAUUACCCCCGUGCCCCACUAGCAUUGCGUUUUUCCCUCAGAAUCUACCCAUGCACUGUAGAAUGGUAAAUGGACAAUCGCUUAAUUCUGUGCCGAUACCUUUGAGUUCUACCUACCCACCUUCUAUCUUCCAGAGUCCAUCUCCUAAUAAGAUAGCACCACCAAUGCCAUUUCCAGUUCCUCCUGGAUUUCCGGCCCCCAUGUUCCCGCCAGGAAUACCUGUACCACCUAUGGGUCCUAUACCCAUCGCUGGCGUGCCCCCUCAAAAGAUGCCAGUUAUAGUCAUGCCUUUUUACUCUCCUGAUCCAGUGCGAAAAAAGGAUGAUGAAAAGAAAAAAUCAAAAAAGAAAGAUCCCUUCGACUCAGAUGACUGCUCUGAUGAUAUAUUAGAUAGUAGUGGUGAUGAUUCUUCGGAAUUCUGGAGACCAGAUAAAUUUCUGAAGACACGAAGACCACGUAAACGUGCUCACAGACGUUUUGGUGGCGGCUAUAGAAGAAACAAUGUCAACAAUGCAGAGUUAUUGACGCCCAUGAUACAAUAUGUCACUAAAGAUGGGUACGUAAUAUACGAAAAGGAGAUUUCCAAGGGGGAAGCAAAGAAUUGGUUAAGUAAGAACGAAAAGCGAGAAAAUGAGUAUGGUGUUUCUUUUAAAGAAUUAGACGACAUGAAACAUGAAUUAGGUGAAGACAAUGUAGUUGAAGACUACAAGGAACCGAAAUUUAUUAAGGUAAAGGAUAAUAAUGCAAAGGAGAGACGAGCGGAGACGAGCUCAAAUAUUCCGACUUCAACACCCAAGAUGCGCAGAAAGUUCAAAAAAGUUAAAGGCGGGGCUGUUAAGCUUAAUUGGUAA